AUGGCGGCCGUGGCAGGCCAGCCUCCCAUGGCUGGUCCUUCACGGUCGUUCGCCGAACUGGUAUCGUCUGUGCCCCAACCACUGCCAGAGGUGGUGGUUCCUUUUCGGCAACCAAAGUACAUCGACGGUGAGCCUUUUUUCUCCUUUUCAGCCGAGGAAGUUGCCAAAACUGCUGAACCGUUCAGAUUUUCCAUGGUGGUGAAGUUCCUUCGGCAAAGACCAUCCCUUGAUAGCAUCCAUGCCUUCAUACGAAACCGCUGGGGUCUGUCCUCCUUGCCAGUUGUCUCUGCCAUGCAACGGCCCAGAAAUAUAUUCAUCCGUAUGUCUUCUGAAUCGGAUCUACACAAGGCUCUAUCAAGGGAAUCGUGUGACAUAGACGGGAUCCCCUACCGUGCCUUUGCAUGGUCUCCUGACUUCGAUGAAGACUUUGAGCCGCCGACUGUGCCUGUUUGGGUUUUCUUGCCGGGCCUUCCGCCCAACUUCUAUCACUCCUCCCUCUUAAAGAUGCUCACGGCACCGAUCGGGAAUUACAUUCGCCGUGAUAAUCCCACGAAGUGUGCUACCCGCACAGAUGGAGCCCGUAUUUGUCUAGAAAUUGAUGCCUCACAGCAGCCCAUCUCCCACUUCUGGAUUGGUAUUCCUGGAAUGCCGAGAAGCCGCAGGCAGGAGAUUCUUUACGAGACCUUGCCGACUUAUUGCUUGAACUGUCGUUGCCAAGGCCAUAACCAAAGUACCUGUCGUAAUGGAGGGGAAAAAAAACAAACGGUGAAAGGUAGAAAAAUCUGGAAACCGAAAGCUGGAAAUCCGAGUGCAAAGGAGGACAACGUCAAUGGAGGUUUACAGAUUACAGUGGAAGUGUCUAACUCGGAUAAUAUUGAGAAGAGGGUGGAGCCUUUCGUUGGUAUUGUGACUGCUGAACAGGGCGAACCCAGUAAUCCUCAACUGGAACACUCCAAACUGGUAGCCGCCGAAGCCCUUCAGAGUUUGGAAGACACGGAGAAGAUGCAAGAAGAGUCGGAGAAGACUGCUUUGAAGGAGGCUGUUCCCGUUCUGGUCGGUGAGCCUAUUCCUAUGGUUGACCUCUCGCUGGACAGGCAUGCUCAAGUUGAUGCUGCGGGCCCAGGUAUUGUAUGUACUUCUAUGACUGGAUUGUGUGAGAAAAAUUAUAAAGGAAUGCUGCUAUACUCGGGUGCUGAAGUCUUGGGAGGUAUUUUGAACUCUAUGGAUCCUGAACCUGUGGAUACUACAUUGGAACAUGGUAAAACUGGGCAAAUUUCCAAGGCUCAACCGAAUCCGAUCAUUAUUGAAGAGAUUGAAGAGGAUGACGCCGAUGAUAUGGUCCAUGAUGGGCCUGCCAUGGUCUCGGACGAAAGUGCACCUCUUUGUGAGGAGAUUGAACGUAAAACAACCUGCUCUGAUGGUCAAGUUUGUUCCGAUACCGACUCUGAAGGGCCCUUGGAGCAUUUAGCUAAAAAUAAUCUUGUGGUCUCGGACUCGGAUAUUCCUUCGGGACUUAAACGGAAUGGGAAAGGCAUUAAACUAAGGGGUUCUUCCAGGGUUGUAAGCAAGCCCUCCCGUCUCAAUUUAUGA